AUGCCAGGUGUAUUCACACACUCAAAACUAUCUUCCAGCUAUCUCCCCUUCGAAAACAUGUAUUCUCUCAUCGAACUCAGCGACCUCGGCGCCUCUUCUAUCCAAGCCAACGACAAGAAAAUGGCCAGGCGGGUAGAACUCCCACAGACUCCACCAGCAACGCCGUCUCUGGCCCCGGUGCAGUCACAAGAAGAGACAGUAUGCCCGCGAACCGGUCUAAAAGACACUUUUCGCGAUGCGAACAAUUGGGGAGAUAAGAAGGACGGCCUUAUGAGUUUUUCUGAGGAAGAGAAGGAGGAGAAGAAGAAGCAAGAGGAGAGUACCGACUCUGAGGAUGAUGGUUAUUUGCACUGCAUUGCAGUCCCGUUCAACUCGCCGGUGCAAAGCCCAACAGGUCAGGUCCCCUUCUACAAUAAGGGAGGAAUGCCUGUUGAUGAUCAGAUAAACGAGGGGCUCAUGGCUUGCUAUGACCGACAUAGCCCAAAUUCGCGCUAUUCACUGCCCCAUCCGGCCAUCGACAGUUCCGAAGACGAGACCGAGGGAUUUUAUCUCAUCGGGGAGAAAGAAUGCGAAGGAGCAAAGGAGCAGGAUUCCUGGUGUGCGGUGGACAGGCCACCCUCAGGUGAUGCUGGCUACUACACUAAGCUACGCUUCACCAUGCUCCCUUCUUGA